AUGGCGCCGGCUGCAACGCUAUUUACCACAUUUAUAUCCAUAAUACUGUCAGUAACCGCACAGGAUUACUACCACACACCCCGCAUUGGUUCUAAACAACUAGCUUCAUGUUACAAUAGUGAAGGAGUGCCACAAAGAUGCAUACCGGAGUUCGAGAAUGCGGCCUUCAUGGUCCAAAUGGAAGCGACGAACACCUGUGGUGACAAUGGCAUGAAAGUCUAUUGUAUACAGACUUCCUACGGCACAUCUACCAGGUCGUGUGACAGCUGCCAACCAGGACAGUUCUCCAGCUACUACCUGACAGAUCUUCAUUAUGAGCAGGACAACCAGACGUGGUGGCAGUCGGAAACCAUGAAGGAAGGGAUCCAGUAUCCUAACCAGGUCAACUUGACACUGCAUUUGGGCAAGGCCUACGACAUCACCUACGUGAGGAUUGUGUUCUACUCGCCCAGACCUCAGAGUUUCGCUAUCUAUAAGAAGACCUCUGAAGAAAGGGUUUGGGAGCCCUUCCAGUACUUCAGUGCCUCCUGCCGCGAGACUUACGGAGUUCAAGAACAGAGGGCUGCAGAGUUAGGAGCAGAAACCCGUGCCCUCUGCACCAGCGAGUACUCCGACAUCUCACCACUUUCUGGUGGAAACGUCCUCUUCUCCACUCUUGAAGGUCGACCCUCAGCGUUCACUUUUGACAACAGUCCUGAGUUGCAGGAAUGGGUAACUGCCACCGAUCUUCGAAUUUCCCUGGACCGUCUGAACACCUUCGGAGACGAGAUCUUUGGAGACGUCCAAGUGUUGCAGUCGUAUUGGUACGCCAUCGCUGACGUGGCUGUGGGUGCAAGGUGCAAGUGCAAUGGUCACGCUUCCGUCUGCGAAACCCAAGAACUGCCUGAUGGUACCAGAACUAGAGCCUGCAGAUGUGAGCACAACACAGCUGGUCGUGAAUGUGAAAGAUGCUUGGACUUCUACAACGAUGCUCCUUGGGGCAGAGCUUCACCGACCAACGUGCACGAGUGCAAGGCUUGUAACUGCAAUGGGUUCUCCAACAAAUGUGAGUUCGACAAGGACUUAUAUGAGCGCACAGGACACGGUGGUCGGUGUAUCGACUGCGCGGAGAACAGGGAUGGAGCUAACUGCGAGAGGUGCAAGGAGAAUUUCUUCCAAGGAUCUGGAGACAUUUGCUUACCCUGCAACUGUAAUCCUACUGGAUCUCGCAGCCUCCAAUGUAACGCGGAAGGCAAGUGCCAAUGUAAGCCUGGAGUGACAGGAGACAAAUGUGACGUCUGCGCUCCCAACCACUACGAGUUCACCAACCAGGGCUGCAAACCCUGUGGAUGUAAUGAGUCUGGUUCUUACGCCAACACGCCACAGUGUGAUCCUCAAACUGGCGUGUGUCUGUGCAAGCAGAACGUAGAAGGAAGGCGUUGCAGAGAGUGUAAACCAGGUUUCUUCAACUUGGACAUCAGCAACGACUUCGGGUGCACUCCGUGCUUCUGUUUCGGACACUCUUCGCAGUGCAGCUCGGCCCCGAAGUACCAAGCUCACGAGACUAGCGCACAUUUCAUCAGAGACGCGGAGAAAUGGAUGGCUGAAGAUGAACAAGAAAGAUCUGCGAAGCUUCAGUUUAAUGCCAAUACACAGAAUAUUGCCGUUUCAUCACAAUCUUCUGAAACCCUUUACUUCAUCGCUUCAAGUCAGUUCCUGGGUGAUCAAAGACCUUCAUACAAUCACGACUUGAAGUUCUCAUUGCGUCUUGGAGAAGUGAGAGGCUAUCCAUCAGCUACUGACAUUAUCCUGGAAGGUCCACGAUCGUCCGUGUCUGUCAAUAUUUAUGCGCAGAACAAUCCGGAACCUACCAAUCAGGCUCAAGAAUACACCUUCAGGCUCCACGAAGACCCUCGCUACGGCUGGUCUCCAACCCUCUCAAACUUCGAGUUCAUGUCUCUUCUCCAAAAUCUGACUGCCAUCAAGAUCAGAGGAACCUAUAACAAGCCUGGAGAAGGUUACCUGAUGAACUUCAAACUGGAAACUGCUAAGAUUGGCCGAGAGAAAGGCUCAGCUCCAGCCAACUGGGUAGAAAAGUGUUCUUGCCCUAAAGCUUAUGUUGGGGACUAUUGUGAGGAGUGCGCACCUGGAUUCAAACAUGAGCCUGCUAAUGGUGGACCGUACUCGACUUGUAUACCUUGUGACUGCAAUGGACAUGCUCACAUUUGUGACACUGCUACCGGUUUUUGUAUCUGUAAACACAAUACGACAGGCAGCAACUGCGAGCUCUGUGCUAAGGGUUUCUAUGGUAAUGCCAUUGCUGGAACUCCUGACGACUGCAAGCCCUGCCCUUGCCCUAAGGACAGUGGAUGUAUCCAGCUGAUGGAUGGAAGCAUUGUGUGUACUGAUUGCCCUGAAGGAUAUGCUGGACCAAAAUGCGAAGUCUGUGCUGAUGGUUACUUCGGAGACCCCACUGGGCAAUUUGGACCCCCGAAACAGUGUGAGCUGUGCCAGUGCAAUGGCAAUGUAGACCCCAACGCUGUCGGUAACUGUAAUAGGACAACUGGAGCCUGUCUUAAAUGUAUCUACAAUACUGAUGGCGACCACUGUGACAAGUGCUUGAGUGGUUUCUUCGGAGACGCUCUGGAUCCUAAAAAGAAGGGUGACUGUAAGCCCUGCCAGUGCCACGAAGCUGGUACAGUGGAGAGUGCUGAGGGUCCUCCGCAAUGUGACGGCCUCACUGGAUUGUGUACUUGUCACCCACACGUAAUUGGAAGGAAUUGUGAUAAGUGUGAGGACGGUUACUACAAUAUCAACUCUGGCACCGGUUGUGAGCCCUGCGAGUGUAACCUUGAAGGUUCAUUCAACAGCACCUGUGACCCCUACGACGGACAAUGUUACUGCAAACCGGGUAUUGAUAGUAAACACUGCGAUCGUUGUCGUGCGUACCACUACGGCUUCUCAGCCGAGGGUUGCAGAGACUGCGACUGUGACGAAUGGGGCUCCACCAACUACCAGUGUGACAUGUCCGGACAGUGCUCCUGCCAGGAGAAUGUUGAAGGACGUCGGUGUGACAGAUGUAUGGAAAACAAGAAACGUCGCGCAGAUGGUCAAGGUUGCGAGGACUGUCCUCCUUGCUACAAUCUCGUACUGGAUGCCGUGAACCAACAUAGAAGGGAGUUGAAGGAACUUGAUGAUAUCCUAGCGAAGAUAUCCAAGUCUCCAACUGUAGUUGAGAAUGCUGACUUCGACAACGAGCUGCAACAAGUAAGGGGUGACAUUGAGCGUCUGGUGCAGGAUGCUCAGGCAGAGUUGGGCAAUGGACCUGGAGCUAGCCUCACCAAUAACCUCGCUGAACUGGCUGACAGACUCGCCGACGUCAGGAACAUGCUGUUCAAAAUUGAAGACGAGAGCUAUGACGGUAAAGAAGCAGUUGAGAAGAGCAAGGGUAACGUGUCUAAAGCAGAAGAUACUAUUGAAGCUGCACAGAAAGAAAUCAAUAGUGCAUUGGAGUACAUGGACGGCGAAGGAGCUGCUGCUUUAUCGAAGGCUCGCAAUAGAUCAGACCAAUUUGGCAAACAAUCAGUCGAUAUGUCAGCUCUGGCCAAAGAAUCCAGGCUUCUGGCAGAAAAACUUGAGAAUGAAGCGAAAAACAUUAGAGAAAUAGCUGACAAAGCAUUCAACACUUCUAUUGCCGCUAAUAAGAUUGCUAAGGAUGGAAUUACAAAGCAGGCCAAUAUUAGUAACGAGGUACAAAUCCUGACAAAUGAGCUGAAUGCAGCGUCAGGAAAAUUGAACAGUAUGACUGAAUUAGCUGACCAAGCACUCAAGAGAGCAAAGGAUGUGUACGAUGAAGCUCUGGGGUUGUACGCCGAGGUGAACACGACACUGCUACCAGAUAUCAAACUCAGUAAACUGAAGGAAACAGCCAGGGAAAUGAACAAGACGAUCGAUGAGAAAUCGGCUGAAUUGGAACGUUUGGUGGCUGACAAUGAAAACACGUUGGAGCAGCUAGAGAAUGCCAUAAAACAAGGUCGUGGUCUCUUAGACCAGGGUCAUGAUAGACAGGACGAGCUGAACGACCUUCUGGGGAAACUCGAUGAGCUGCAGGAACAGGCCAGAAAUGACGUGGAACUCACCAAUCAGACGCUCAAGGAUGCUAAUGAAAUCUACAAAACUUUGAAAGAAUUCAGUGACCAAGUGACAGAGUCGCGUCAGUUAGCCGAACAAGCAGCCCUGGACGUGCCUGCGGUGCAAGCGAAGAUAGCUGCUGCAGAUGACAGCAUUAAUAGCAUCACGGAACAACUGUAUACUGCCAGUGACAAGGCGAAGGAGGCACGAGACUUAGCACAGAAGGCGCAGAAGGAAUAUGCUGAUAAGGCGUCAGAUGCGGCCUUUGAAGUUAGGAAGAAAUCCUCAGCAUCUAGGUCUGAAGCGUCUAAACUCAGAUUUGAAGCUGAGAAACUAUCCACUCGAGUACAAGAAACAGCAACACAGAUUGGAAACUUGGAGAAAGAGGCUGCGGAGAACAUGCAACUUACUAGAGAUGCUAAAAUGAAGGUUGGCCAAGCGAAUACUGAUGCCAGGGAGGCGGAGAAACAAGUGACUAAAGGCCUCGAGGACUUGAAGGUCAUCAUGGAUGAGUUGCAAAACUUGCCCACAUUAGACGACCAGGCACUUAACCGACUUCAGGAGAGCUUAGACAAGGCAGAGAGUGACCUCAUAGCGGUUGAUUUGGAUGGCAAGAUUAAGAGCCUGACUGAAGCCAAGAAUAACCACCAAAGGUGGAUGAAACAAUACGAGGAUGAGCACAGCCAUCUUCGUCUUGAGGUAGACAAUAUCAAGGAGAUUCUAGACCAGCUGCCAGAGGGCUGUUUCAAGAGGAUCGUCUUAGAACCCACUGAAGGACCCAGUAGAGUUGCCAGCUUUAGAUAA